AUGGAUUCAACGAAUUCAUCCUCGAAGGCAUCAGUUGAGCAAUCAGGAUUAAACAAGAAAUGCAAAGAGGGAAGAACUAAAGAUGGUUAUUAUCAACGGAAUGGUCAGUCCCUCACACGAUUCAUUUUAUCAAAUGGUGAACUUCCUGAGAAACAGUUACACUUACUUCGUCAUCCAAAGACGGGUAAUCCAACAUUAUAUGCAAUUGGAAAUAAGAGAGUGGAAGAACUGUUGAGAUUUGAUGAUGGUCUUAGGUCGGUUCUGCUUGGUGAUAACGUGAUCAGUAAUGGCUCAUUGAUUUUAUUGGUACCAGUGAGUCCUGCGCUGCUGUUGCUACCUUAUUUGCAAAAAUAUGCGAAGGAUGAUUUCGUUUCAUUGAAGGAUAUUUUGGUGGAUGAUUGUUUCCCAUCGAUAAAAUUACUUGAGAAUGUUAAAGCUGUGAAAUCAUCGUUGAAACAUGCUUGUCACUGUAAGGAGUCAGAUUUCGACCAUGUUGUUUGCGGUAUUUUGGAGGAGAACCUUCCGACCGAUAUACUGAGGUUGGUAAAAUUCGAUUUUGUCCGUGGGAGGAGUGACGAUGCACCAUCGAAUAAACGCCGAAAGAAUCGAGAUUCUGAAAGCAGGGAAGAAAAGAAAAUAAGUGGAAUUGCUAUCGAGCCAUUACGGGAUCCAAUAGCCGUUGAAGUACCAGUGAAAUACACUCGCUUGAGAAAUGGCAAAGUAUUCACUUUAUGA